GAGUGAGGAGCGCACUAGAGGCGCGUUUGAGGCCUUCAGGGUUACGUAGGGUUUGCGCAGAAUGACGUAUGCGCCGAAAACGUUUCCUGGAAAUCAUUUGUAGGUGUAAAGCACAACUGUGUUCUCCUCGAGCAGACCAGAGGGAUUGUAAAAGCGUCAACUGGAUUGCUCUGUGUGUAACAUUUGGUAAAAUAAUAAUAAUAAUAAUAAUAAUAAUAAUAAUAAAAGUAUGCAUGCGUUUUUUAGUGGUUUCAUUGUGUUUUGUAACGAGUUAAAAAGUGAAAAGUUGGUCGUGGCGGUGUAACCACGUGACCGUGCUGCUGGGCGACUCACAUGACUGGAACAUUCCCGGUGUUGAUAUUCAGGCGCGUGAACGAGCAGCUCUGCUGUCUGGAGAGAGCGCGUGCGUUUUCCCUUCUCAAACAAACAACCAACCAACCAAACGCUCGAGAAGGAAGGAAUUGAGCAGAAGACGAAGAAGAAUCUGACGGAAUUAAAUUAAAGACAACGAAGACUGCACAGUUGUUUGUGUUUGCCGGUCCGGGUGCAGCGCGUGACUCCGGGUGGUGCUUACUGCUGUCAUUGCUGGGAACAGCCUUUUUAUCUUUGAUCUCUGCGCGUGCAUUAUUAACUGUGCGAAAACAUGACCCACAGACUACUGUCAGUCUCCGCCAUUAGCUGCUUUAUUGUCUUAGGCUGGCUGACUGCAGCGCACGCCGUAAUAUUCGAAGUAAAGAAUGGAAAUUCUACCUGUAUCAAAGCGGACAUCUCGGCCAACUUCACCAUCACAUACAACAUCACCACCAAUGUGACGAAAACGGUGGUUGUGCCACUCCCGGAAUCCGCAGUAGUGGGAAAUGGCAGUUCCUGUGGAGACUCUCCGGCCCUGCAGGCCUCCUUCGGUGAUGGUCACUCUCUGGACUUGGUGUUCUCCAGCGAUGGCCGUAUAUAUCGUGUGGCCAAUCUUAAUCUGACCUACAACCUGAGUGACAACGCCACCUUCCCUGGGUCCUCCAGCAAGGAGAUCAUGGUGCUGACUACGAACACGUCUGGGAUCGCAGCACAGCUCAACACCACCUACAGGUGUAUGAGCUCCAGCUCAGUCAGUCUGGGAGGCCCUGGAGUGACGGUCACGUUCUUCAACAUCCACCUACAGGCCUACAUGCCCAGCGCCAACCUGAGUACUAACGAGACGAUUUGUUCAGCUGAUACUCCUUCCACCACUGCUGCACCCACUACCACUCCUAUCACCUCGACCACCCCCGUCACCCCAACCAACCCUGAGCGCGGCAACUACAGCGUUGAAAACACCAACGGCACGUCUGCCUGUCUUCUGGCUAGAAUGGGGCUGCAGCUGAAUCUAACGUAUCUCUCCAGGAAUCAGAAUAAAACUGUUGUGGCGAUAAGGAACGUGGUGCCCAGUCGUAUGGUUGCCAGCGGGUCAUGUGAAUCCACAACUGCUACUCUGCAGCUGACUGGAGAUCUCGCCAACCUCACUUUCAUGUUCACACUGAACUCCACCACCAAAAAAUACCAGCUCAGUGCUUUGAAUAUGUCUGCCAGUUGGGAAGAUAUGAGAGAUCCAUUCAAAGUCAGCAACAGCAGUCUACAGUACAUGCAGGGAACCCUGGGCCGCUCCUACAUGUGCAACAUUGAGGAGGUUUUUCCUGUGGUCAGCACUUUCUCCCUCAACACCUUCGACCUGCAGGUGCAGCCUUUCGGCGUCCACGACAACCAGUUUGGACCAGCCGACAUGUGUGCAAUGCAGAAGGACAACAUGCUGGUGCCCAUUAUUGUCGGUGCCUCCCUGGCUGGCCUCGUCCUCAUAGUCCUCAUCGCCUACCUGAUCGGCAGGAAGAGGAGUCACGCAGGCUACCAGACCAUCUAAACCACUAUUGUCUGUCCAGGACUGUACUUUGUGUGCGUGUUUGUGUGUGUGUGAGAGAGAGUUUGAGUACUUCUUGUUUCCAGGUUGUUAAACCUUUUUCAUUCACUCCCCUGAGACAUAAGACAAAAAAAAAGCCACUUAAAUAUUACUACCAGCUCUGUUUCACUGACUGACUGACUGACUGACUGACUGACUGACUUGUUGAAAUGUAAUUUGCAGGAGUCACUUAUGACCCCUGUACAGUAGGUGGCAGUCUAAACCUAAAAUAUGGACCAGUAAUUCCUCAUUAAAUACAGAGAAGUGUUGCCACUCUGGUACCAAGUGCCCCCCCCCCCCCCCCCCCCCCAAAUCCAAUAAACCCUGACUACUCCCCUCAGGAUUAGCUAAUGCUCAGAGUAAGCGUCGUUACUCUGACGUUCCCUUCUUUGACUAGGAAAUUACCAAAGAAAACACCCCCCUUUGACUUGGAAUUCCUAGUCGGAAAGUGUGGAAAGGUCUGCGCGACCUCGAUCUCAGCAUAUAACGUCGCGUUAACGCGGUCGCUCGAUCAACACGGACACAUUAGCUGGUUCAGUCUCAAACACUGACCAUACAGUUUGUUCUUUUGAGACAGUAAAAACAUGAUAAACGCAUGAGCACGUUAGCUGGCUAGCUUGCUGCUAUAAAAAAAAAAAAUGCACCCCCCCCCCCCCCACUUCGUGGCUUGAAUGAUCCGUGCUUGAAAAUGACGCCAUUUCCUCCUACUUCCGAGUCAAAUUCGGCAUAAUAUUUCGUCAUUCAGGAGCAGGCCACUGAUCGGACAGUUGAGAAACCUGAUUAUGGAACAUGGCGGUGAAUUUCCAGCAAAAGGGUGUUUAUCCUAACGAUUUGCUGUGGUUGCCACGGCGAAGUGAAAGCGUUCUCGAAUAUCGAAUACGAACGUUCGGAUGUCGCUGAGGAAACGCACUUUUACGGGAAUACGAAGGGGGGGAGGUGGAGGGGGGGGGAGAUAAGUUUUCAUCACAACUAGCUACAUCCAAGUUGAAAGCUAAUGGUUGCAGAUGACUAGGAGGAAAUUACAGCCAGUGAUGUAUUGAGGUUCCACACUGGCAGUAUAUUGUAAGCAUUAUGCUAUUAAUUUAACAGUAACGGCCACCUGUGCACUAGCUAGCUCGCAUGUUCUCAACAGCGAUGCUGCGUUCGAAUAGAAUAGAAUAGAAUAGAGCGUGAAUGUGGGAAUGCAAACAAAAGACCCAUGGAGUGAAAGGCUAGGCAUACUAGGCAACUGGGAAAUAUGGAGGCCAAGCAUGGAAGCUAGUUAAUGACUUAACAGCACAUAUAGCCGUUCGGCACAUAGCCGUUACAGACGAUGUAAAGGCAUUAGAAACGAGACGAAACUGUUGGGAAUAGCAACAUUUUCCUCAGUCAGAAAAGAUUCAAGCUACAGAACAGUUGCACAGCUUCAACCACUAGUGAAGAAGAGAAGCGCGUACGUCAGUACAGCGAAUACGACCCCAUUUGAACGUGAGCAGAUCCAUUUCUCGCCUCCUGUCGAAGAUUUGCCCGAUGUUCAGGAACAGCACAGAUUCUAUGUUAGUGGUGUUUUGAAAAAUGUUGCACAUUCUAGUACAAUUUGGCUUGCCUUUAUCGAUCAUGGCUGAAAUAUUUGUACCAACAUCUGCUCACGUUUAAAAAAUAAAUAAAUAAAACAACGUUUUAAUGUUUGUGUAAUAAUCACUCGCAUGGAACUUCGUAGGUUUGUACGUGAGCAUGUAAGUUAUAAGAUGGCGAAGUUGUUCCAAACAUCGCUCCUCUGGAGUUAUCCAGCCUUUGAUCUCAUGGCGCGGAUGUUCACGAUUCAAGAGUCACGGGUGGGGAUGUGGACUGACCUGAGCUCUGACCCUCCACAAUAACGUGUACGACUGAGAGAACGGAAGAAGUGUUACACACCCAGACACACUCUUGUGCCAUCAUUAAGCGAGAGAUGGAGAGAGAGUGCUAGCAGGCUUGUGGGAGAACCGCAUCGAGUGACAAAAGGCGUACAAGCUCAGGUUCAAUAAUUGAUGCACUGGUCUCGUAUUUUCUCCCAGUCAGGCAGCUCGAAUUAGGGCUCGGGUCUGGUUUCAUGCCGUCUUUCUGCCGCACUCUCACCGAGAAAUUGAGCACGUAACCAUUCUCAGGUUGGCGUAUGAACUUUACGCUGAGGUUAACGUGAAAGCUCUCAUGUUUAGCGAAGUGUGUCGUUUAACGCGAAGAACAUACUGACAGCAAUUUGACGCAUCGAGUCGUUCAUCUGUUUUGGUAAAUAUUAAAGCAAACCUUUUCUGACUCACCAUCCGGAACCCGUUUCACAUUUUUAGGUAAGACACCAAAGAACAAAGACAUCUUGUUCAGUAUCGACCUUCAGUGGAUUGAGUUAGUGUGAACUGCGAAGGUUGGGGGGUUUUUUUUGUUUUGUUUUUUUCUAUCUAGAUAUUCUCUCAAUUGCUUUAUUCUUUUUGUAACAGUGGCCAUUUUGACCUUUCUGGAGAUUCCAGUGGGGGGAAAAAAAAAGGGAAAACCAUGAUCGUCUGUACACACUUCAUUAUUUAAUUUCUCACCCACUGAUACUAAUUCACAUCGUGUCCUUUGACUCCACACGCUACAGUUACUUUGUAUAAAGGCGUACGAUUUAGGUUUCCUCGAAACAAACGAAAUGACUAGACCCGAGAUGCAGUUUUAAUUCGUUUUCACGUGACGAUAUGUGGAAACUGUGUGUUGGUCCCGUAGCAGAGCUAACUGGAGAUGCUUUUAACGGGGAGAAGUUACGUCAUGUGGGGUGCAGCAGCAGAACAUUGAUGAGUCUGGAAAUUAUCUUCAGGGAUAUAAUCAUUCUCUCGAGCACAUCAUGAAACCUUGGAGCAGGACAAAAAGUCAAAGAAAGUGUCUAAUUUCAGUGCAUGUGUUUUUUGCUUUGCAGCUCAGAUUUCUUUUUUUUUUUUCUUUCCUGCAUUGUAUACUGUACAGCAGACUUGACGCUUUUCCAAACCUGUCGCUUUGUCUAAUCUCUUUUGGUUGAAGGUUUGAUCAUUAUAUAAUUGCAGUGAUCUGAUCUUUUAUUUUUGUAGAGAACAUUUUUAAUGCGUGGUGAGGUCAAUAAAGGAAGUGAACACUU